GGCCCCGGCGCUGUAACGGCAACCGGGCGCAGGCAGCGGCCCCGGCAGCGUAACGGCAACCGGGCGCAGGCAGCGGCCCCGGCAGCGUAACGGCAGCCGGCCGCGGGGGCUGGCCCUGGGGAGUGGCAGGGGAAGUAACAGCAGCCGCGGCUCAGGAGCACCCCUCCAGUGCAGGAAAAAGCGUGAGGGAAGCGGGACUAGAAGUUGGGAGCGCUGCUGCCAGCGAGUGCAGCUCAGGUGAAAGGAGGCGUUGAGGGAAGGUGACACGAGUGUAGAUGACUGCAGUAGCAUGUUAUAAUUCAGUGCACUGCAGCUGAUGAAACAGCUGAGAAAAAUGGGAAAGAGGCUGGUGAUUCGUCGCUGGUGCAGAAGCUGAAGAGGUGAGCUUUUGACCUAUGCAAUAAUAAAAGCACUGGAGAAGCAAUGGCAUUCAUACUCCACGUAAAACUGGAUAUGGAGAUUAUAAACAAGUGCAAACCAUCAGAGUGGAUGAAAACCCCAAUUAAUAGUUCAUUUUCAGAUGAAUUAGGCUCUAUCAUUGAUGUAACUGAUGAGGAACAAGACUUACCUUAUGAUGGAGAUGUAGAAACAACUUGUAAAUACAGUAACAGUCUAGAUAAUUGGAAGGACCGUACUUGUACAAAAGACACUUCUGGUAUUUUAAACCUGGCCUGUUCUGAUGAUAACAAAAACAUAAAAGCAACAGCAAAUGAUGAAACUUUUCCACAGCCUGAAGAAUCCUCCAGUCACCACAGAGGUGCCAUAGGAACAACAGGAAUUUUAGUUGAAGUACCCAGAAGUGAAGCUUCCUUUAAGAAGGAAUUGCCUGUUGGCAAUUGUAGUAAACCAGAUAGCAAACAACAUCUCACCAACUCAAAAGUGUCCAAUGUCCUUCUGUGUCAUUUCCCUCAGGGAAAGUUAAUAAACACAUGCCAGUUAAUUGAAUGUGAGACAAUACCAGAGACGUCCUUUAGUGAAAGUAUCAGUGACACCGCGAGCAAACCUGAGCCUUCAGAAUGUGUCAAAGGCCGCUCAGUGCAUGAGCGAUGGGCAGCGAGCUUGGAAGAAUAUUACUUGGAGAAGCAUGAGAAAGUAAACACAGGUGGUAAAAAUCAUUUGCUAAAUGCAAAUGGAAGUGUUUCAACAAAACCUACUACUGGUAAGUGUGAGUGCAAUGAAGAAAAUGCACAGUUGAUCAAUGAAAAUAGAUCUACACGCAUCUUUCCAAACAGGAAAGGAGAGAGAGACUUGUUUAAGAAUACAGUUUUUCCUUGGGAGCUUGAAUCUUGCCAAGAUCUAGCUCACUAUUGCCUUCCUGACUGCUCUGAAGUUGCUUCAGAAAUUAAAGUACCAAAACCAAGUGACAAUAUUAACUCAACUCCUGCAAUUAAAAGAUCAAAGUCCUUCCCUGUUUUGCUACGGAAAUCCUUAACUGUGAACAACAUUCUAGAAACUAAGAAGCAUUUCAAUUCUGCUGAAGCAGAGAAUCAAGGGGUGAGCAUUCCAGAACUGUUGCAACAGCAAGAGAUAUUUCCUCAGUCAGACUUUCCAAAUGCCAGCACUGCCAUUUCCUCAGGAGCCCCUGGGACAUCCUCUGAAGCCUUUACGUUCCCUCCUAUCCCUGUACAAUCCACACAUGAUUUGUCUCAAGCAAAAUUACAGCAUGGAACAACAGCAUCAGCAUUGCCAGCAGCUGGUACAGUGGAAGCACACUGUGUAACUCCUAACUCACUACCAGAACUAACACUAGGAGAAAUGAUGUCUGAAAUACUAAAGGAUCAGACAGAUCGACUGAUAAAGAAAGUGGAAGACUUCUAUAAGCACAUGACCCAUGAGACAGUCCUGUUACAAGACAACUAUCUGGCAUUAAAUGAAUUGAAGAGAUACCUUGGUGCCUUGGAAAGGAAUUACUUAACAGCUAGAGAAGAGCACCAUAACUUACAGAUGCAGAACUUCAAGGACAAGUCUAUCAGCAUUGGAGAGUUUGAUCCUGAAAGAAAGGUGGAAGGGGAAAUAUUUAGACUUCACAUGCUGCUUGAAGACAUCCAAGAACAAACUGAUGACGGCAAACACAACGCAUCCUCUUUCCUGAUUUCCUACCAAUCUGCCCAGUCAUCAUAUUCUCCUUGUGAGAGAUCAGUCCUUCCAACCAUUCCUGAUCCUCCAAAAAGAAGAGAUAUUGAAGCUGUAUUUGUUCACAAGAACAAAGAGAGAGAAACAAGAGAGAAUACUCAUGUAAUGCCACAGACAAAUCCAUUUUUUUCAGAAGGCAACAACUGCAAUCUUCAUCACAUGUUGCAAAACAGAACUGUAUCAACUUCCAGAAACGAAAUGGAGCUUCUGGGAAGGAGAGAUCUGCUAGCAACCAAGCAUUCUUCCAGCAUAAUGAGAUUCCUUUCACCAGAGGAAAAAUGCACUGCUGAAGGUCUUACAUCCCCUAGUCAAGGAACACUAAGUCAAAAAUUCAACACUGAUGAAGGAAAGAUAAGAAACACAAACAUGCAGGAAAGGAAAGCUGGAAUGCGUUCACUCUUCAUUCAGAGAAAACUAACUGAUAUAUCAGAUACCAGCCUGAGCAGCAAUUCAGAAGACAUCUCAGCCUGUGAGUGUGACCAUGAUUUGCAAAGCAAGGAACUCAGAAACUGCAAGACUGAAAGUUAUAGAGCACUCAAUACAAGAUUAUGUGGAGAGAGAAAAGGACUUGGAGGCAGAUGCCCUAGAGGAAGCAGAGAUCAAUUUCAACUGAGGAAUUACAAAGAAUCUGUUCAAUCUUGUGAUAUAUGUAGAAACAAAAGCUCUAGUUCAUCCUCUUAUUCACAGAAAAGAAUCUACACUGAAAAGGCUCAGAAAAAUCAACAGCCACAUGAAUUUGGAAACAGACAGUCUGAAAGACAAAACUUGGAGACUGCCAAAACCUGCUGUUCAAGCACAUAUAAUAAAAUUAUCCUUUCACAUCAAUACUUACCCAUCAAGAAGUCUGCCCGAAGCAAAUCUGCAGUCAACAUCAGAAACAGAAAUGCCAAUGAUUCCAAUGCAAAUAUUUUAAGUUCUGCCCUGGAUCAUGCUAUACAGACAGCAAACAGUUUGAAGGAAGCUACAGAACGAAUAGUACAAGCAGUUUCAGAAGAUCUAGCUGAAGUGAAAAGAUACCAGCUCUAAUAACCCAGUUGCAAAUGCUAUGUUGUUUCGCUGAUACUGCGGUGUCAGUGUUUCUGCAAAUAUAAAAUUAUUAACACAAACAACAGAAAGUCAGCUAAUUUUACUUCUUCUGUAAUCAUCAGUACUAAAGUAAACUGGUGCAUAUUGCUGCUUCACAUUUACACUGUCUCAGAACUUAAAACCAAAUUACUAAUUCUACUGAAAAUCUUCAGUACGUUGGCUAACCCCUGUUACUGUGUACCUUCUCAAACCACUCACUUAAGAUAACUUAAUAAAAAUUGGUUUA